GUGGGGGCUCACCACGAGGCUCACCUGAGCACAAGCAGUUUUGCAGGCAUGAGAAAUCACAGUGAGAGCAACGCUUUUUCACCAUAUGUUAAUGUGAAGAGUGAACAGUAAAUGGUUAAUCUUACUGCGAUCUGGUUCUUAUUAACUGGUUUAUCUCGACGUUAAAUUCGGCGUUCGUUACACCCGAAGGAGAACGUUACAGUGAAAAAGCGGCAUUAUCAGGUGUUUCAAGUGCUGCAAUGUCAGCUCAAUCCAGCAUCAAGUCGACGCCGCCCAGCGACAGGGGCAGUAAACCGACAUCAAGUAAGCCUACCCGGGCGUUAUCAGGUGUUCCAAGUGCUGCAAUGUCAGCUCGAUCCGGGAUCAAGUCGAUGGCGCCCAGCGACAAGGGCAGUAGAACAACAUCAAGUAAGUCCACACAGGCAAGAGCCAAGGCAGAAGCCGCCAAGAUGCGACUGCAUUACGCCAAACAAGAAGCAGUUUUGAAAAUGAAACAGGCCACCAGAGAAGUCGAAAUCCGGAAAGAAAAGGCCGCCAGAGAAGCCGAAAGGGCCGCCAGACAAAGAGAAGAGGCUGCCAGAGAAGCCGAAAUCCAGAAAGAAAGGGCCGCCAGACAAAGAGAAGAGGCUGCCAGAGAAGCCGAAAUCCAGAAAGAAAGGGCCGCCAGAGAAGCCGAAGAGGCUGCCAGACAAAGAGAAGAGGCUGCCAGAGAAGCCGAAACCCAGUUGGAAAUGACAAAAAUAUCGACAGAGUUGCAUGUGCUGCAGCUAGAAAGAGAAGGAGAAGCUGCCAUGGUGGAAGCAGAGUACAUAGAAGAAGCUGAAGGGUCGCGUGAUCUGACCGAAACAAGUUCUGCUUUAGAAAGGACCAGACUGGAACGCACGAGCGACUAUGUACAAUAUCAAGCAGACAGGCAGGCCCGUCUCCCCUCUCCAUACCUAUUCGAUAACUUCCCCAGCUACGAGGAAGAGAAUUUACCCUCGCGGCCCCGCGAUGAAGUCAAGAAUGAAAGAGCUGACAACCGAUAUACUUUGACACCAAAGUUACAAAGUUCGAUGCGAAGAGACGCGGAGGUUGAAUCCAGGAUGGCAAAUUCCAUGAGAAACGUGCGUUCUCAGUCAUAUAGGCGUCAACGUACUUCUCCAGCCCGCAUGCCGCUUGCAGCCGAUCCCACGCUGCAGUAUUUAGCACGACGGGAUCUCGUCACUUCGGGACUGUACCAGUUUGACGAUAAACCCGAAAAUUACCGUGCUUGGCUCUCCACAUUCACCAACGUGAUUGACGGGGUCCAGCUCAGUGCAACCCAAAGGUUGGACCUUAUGGCGAAAUGGCUGGGGAAAGAAUCACGCGACCAGGUGAGACGCAUGCGUUCAGUGUACAUCAACAAACCUGAGCUAGCCUUAAGCGAAGCAUGGGAGAGACUUUGGGAGAGAUAUGGGGCCCCCGACAUUAUUGAAGCGGCGCUAUAUCGACGUCUGGAAAACUUUCCUAAGGUGUCAGCCAAAGAUCACUUUAAGUUAAGAGAAUUCGGAGAUUUACUCAUGGAGAUCCAAGGCGCCAAAGAAGAUGGCUAUUCAGCUGGUCUAGUAUUCCUAGAUACUCCAUCCGGGAUUAGACCAAUUGUGGACAAACUUCCAUUUGGGCUGCAGGACAAGUGGCUGACUGUUGCCUCAGAGUACAAGGAAGACCACGAUGGUCGAUUUCCUCCCUUUAAGCACCUCACUAGGUUUGUGUGCAAGGAGGCGAAGAGGCGAAACGACCCUAGCCUUGUAGGUCCAGGAAGCAGUUCGAUUUACACCAAGCCAGGCAGAUCCGUUUCGAAUGUUUUCAACAUUGAUAAACCCGUGUCAGUGCUCAAGACCGAAGCCCUUACAACUAACAACGACCCUGGCAAGUAUUGUCCAUUGCAUAACAAACCUCACCCCCUGAAAGCAUGCAGAAUGUUUAGGGAAAAACCCCUUGAAGAGAGGACGGCUCUUCUCAAGGAGAAAAGAAUAUGUUUUAGAUGCUGUUCCUCAACCUCUCACCUCGCCAGAGAGUGUACGAUCGACGUGAAGUGUUCGGAAUGUGGCAGCCCAGAUCACGUCGAGGCCAUGCAUCCCGACCUGUCACCACAAACCGAGAGCGCUCCUUCACCCCCACAACAGGACGGCGGGGAGGGAGAGGCUCACUCUAAGUCAAUAGCUGUCAGCACGAACUGUACAGAAGUUUGCGGUCAAGCUCAGUCAAGUCGUUCUUGUUCCAAGAUCUGCCUCACUAAGGUGUACCCUAAAGGAGCCAAAGACAAGGCCAUCAAAGCCUAUGUGAUUCUGGACGAUCAGAGCAAUCGUUCACUAGUCAGUCCAGAGUUCUUUAAAUUGUUCAACAUUGAGAGUGAGCGGUUCCCAUACUACCUCAAAACUUGCUCAGGCAACAUGGAAACCCAAGGAAGGAAGGCAGAAGGCAUCCAGAUCGAGUCCCUGGAUGGUAAAGUCGUCAUCUGUCUCCCUCCGCUCUUAGAGUGCAAUGAAAUCAUGAAUAACCGCGCUGGGAUCCCGACACCAAGUGCGGUACUACACCAGCCGCAUCUCCACCACAUCGCCAAACACAUCCCAGAACUGGAUCCGAAAGCGGAAAUACUCCUGCUAUUAGGAAGAGAUGUUAUCCAGGUACACAAGGUUAGGCAGCAGAUCAAUGGACCACUCAACGCCCCCUUCGCGCAACGUCUGGAUCUGGGCUGGGUGGUGAUAGGAGAGGUGUGUCUCGGUGACGUACACAAACCGAUGGUUAACACACUCAAGACCAAUGUGCUAGAGAGUGGCCGCCAUUCAAUCUUUCAACCCUGCCCGAGUGUCCCGUGCAUCAAGGAAGCACAACAAGGCGUUAACAAGCGCGAGGCAAGCAACGAGUCGCUGGGCCAGUCAGUCUUCGCUCUAACGAAGUAUGACAACAAACUUGCACAAUCAGCUCAAGAUACCAUUUCUUUAAAAACCAAAGACACCAAGGUCUUCAGAGAUGAAGCAAAUAAUGGGGUUGCCCCAUUGCCAAUCAGAGAACCACGCCAGCGCUCACCAGAUAACAAAGAGCAGGCAGUCAAACGGUUCACGUCCUUACGGAAAACCUGGAAAAGGAAACCUGAGAUACAGCAACGCACCCGAUUGGCCCACGAGGUACUGUGCACCCUAAUGGCAGAGGUCACAGCCAUUAUAAACGCACAAUCAUUCCUACCUGUGUCUUCUGACCCAGAAAACCCCUUUAUACUUUCGCCAUCAACGCUCCUUACGCAGAAGGCAGGAGCACCUCCUCCACCAGGAGACUUCUCAGACAAGGAUUUGUACACAAAGCAAUGGAGACAAGUCCAGGCUCUGGCAAAUCAGUUCUGGUCCCGCUGGAGACAGAAAUAUCUACCCUUGUUGCAACAGAGACAAAAGUGGACAGAACCCCGAAGGAAUCUUCAAGUUGGAGACUUAGUCCUGCUCAGGGACAAGCAAGCCACCCGCAACAGCAGGCCAAUGGCCAGAAUCACUGCUACAUUCCCUAGCGGGGAUGGACAUGUCAGGAAGAUCGAAUUGAAGACUACCAACCAAGGCGAUGUGAAAAUUUACCAAGGUCCAGUUACAGAAGUUAUUCUACUUCUACCCAAUGACUGAUUAAGAGACUAAGUUUUGUACUCUGCUCAUUGUGACCUUACGAAGGUCAAGCGGGGAGUGUGCUGUCUUUACGACAGUUAUUUAGUUUAUAAUAUUUUCGCUUAGUAAUUCAUUCAAUAGUAUUUUCUAGUUAGAAUUAGGAGUG